UGCGGGCGUGGACUCCGCGUUCCGGCUAUGGCCCGGCCGCUGCGAGUCCUGAGGCCCUCCUGGGUUUCGGUUCAGCGUUAGUUAACGGUUAACCCGCCAGGGCAGGCUUCCGCCCAGGCACAGGAGACCCACUGAGCUUGUUCACCUUGAAACUUGGGCCACACCUGAGACCUGCCACCUCAGGGGGGUACGCGAGUCGUUUCUAACAAGCUUUCAUGGCAUUUGUGCCAUGAAAGCUCUAAAGUAUAGAAGCUGCUCCAGGGCUUCCGCAGCCCUGGCCGUCCUGGAGAUGCUAGUCUCCUGGAGUCUGGAGUCUGUGUCGAGAAUUUACAGCACCUGGACAGCCACGUGCAGUCUCAACUGCAGGUGGUCUUUACCGAAAUGUUAAACACAACUUGAAGUUAGGCAGGAUAACUGCCAGAGCUGGAUAGAGGUGCCAGCUAACGCGCUGUGAGCGUUUUCUGCGGUUAGGCCUGCUCUAAACAUUUGACAUGUGUUAAAGCAUUUAUGUGCUUUACCCACACCCAUAUGUGGCGGGCCCUUCUUACCGUAAAAGAAACUGCAGCACAGCGAAGUUAAGCAACUUGCCCCAAAUCACGCAGAACUGGGAUGCAAACCCAGAUCUAGCUCACUCGUGAUCACAGUUCAACAUCAUACGAUGGUGCUGAUUUCCAGAGCAGCUCUGUGACUUUGUAUAAAAUUAUUGGGCAAGCGUUCAAUUGUAAACAUUCGUGAACAUAGCUGUUGCACAUUAGCGUUCCUUUUUUUAAAAAAAAAAUUCAGGACCAUCUUUGGUGACAAAUAUCAAACUAUAUAUAUCACCAAUAUACAUAUUUGCUUUGCUAAAAGGUUUUUUGUGUCUUCAGGGUAGUUUACUUGCAAGCCCCAUGUUUUUAUAAAAACGUGGCUGCUACCUGAAUGAAACUAAUGCCUACCCCUUGGCGGUUUUGUGAAGACUAACGAACUAUUAUAUUCAAUGGGUCCAAGCAGUAGGCAUUUACUGAAGGACAGCUAGCUUUAUCUAUUAUUAUUCUGCCAUUCAGAGAGAUACCAAAACUACUCUUUAAGGCAUUUCUUUUCCCUGCACAUAAAAGCAAGGGUGUCAUACUUGAGAUAAGCAUUCUGAUAACGUGUAGGCAAAGUUUCCAGACUUGGUAAAAGCACCUUAGUCAUGGCUCAAGAAGAGUGACAAGUUACCACCUAUUUGCAAUUCAGGGAGAAUAUAAGAUAGAGAAGAAAGCUGUGAAUGAAUUACAUUUGAUUAGCAAUAGAUUGGACACUCUACUGAUCUUGUCUCUCUACAACCUCUCUUCCACCUGCCCUCUAAAUGUUGAAGUGCUUCAGGAAUUGUCUUAGACCUUCUUCCUUAUCUACACUUCCUCUCCAAUAUGGAAUUCUCUUCCCCCAGCUGUUGGCAUGUCUAGUUCAUUUGCAUUUUGGGCAUUUCAGCUCAGCUGUCAUCUCAGUGACCAGUUUUUAUCUGAGCAUGAAUCUUGAUGACUCUGCACAAGAUCCUGAAAAGAGGGAAUAUUCUUCUGUCUGUGUGGGCAGAGAAGAUGACAUUAAAAAAUCCGAAAGAAUGACAGCUGUUGUCCAUGAUAGAGAAGUGGUCAUUUUCUACCACAAGGGAGAAUAUCAUGCUAUGGAUAUUCGCUGUUACCACUCAGGAGGACCUUUACAUUUGGGAGAUAUAGAGGAUUUUGAUGGACGACCGUGUAUAGUUUGCCCCUGGCAUAAAUACAAAAUUACUUUGGCAACAGGAGAAGGUCUGUACCAGUCUAUAAACCCUAAAGAUCCAUCGGCAAAACCCAAGUGGUGCUCCAAAGGAAUAAAGCAAAGGAUUCACACAGUGACAGUAGACAAUGGGAAUAUUUAUGUGACUCUUUCUAAUGAACCUUUUAAGUGUGACUCUGAUUUUUAUGCCACUGGAGACUUCAAAGUAAUUAAGAGUUCUUCCUGAUAAAAAAUAUAUAGAAAUGAAAAAUAUUGUGUAUGUUGAAAACAUUUUUAGAAUAACUCUGCUUCAAUUUUAAAGGUGAUGAAAUUUUUCAACGUAGGCACAACUAUUUAAAAAUCAUAUACAUUUGAGAGGUUUAAGAGCACACAUACUUAGUAUGAUGUAAGGAUUAUCAUCAGGAUCAAUAGAAUACAUUUUAUCGAAUCUUCUGGAUUAAUUAGAACCUGAAGGUUAUAGGUUUGGCAUGUUCUGUUUAAGAAGGAUGAAAAUAAAUUUGGAGUAAACAAAUAAUAGGUAACAAUUAAGGUUUAGUGAGAAAAAUUUUAAUUUAAAAAAUAUAAUUUUUAAAAUAGGAAAAAAAAUCCCUGUUUGAUGUAGCAGACUUAAUUCUGGAAAAGUUUUAGUAUAUACAAAUAAACAGACUGUAUAAUAAACUUCCAUCACUCAGCUUUAACAGUUAUCAGCAUUCUUCCAUUCUUGUUUUAUUUAUACCUCUAUGGAUUCCCUACCUCUGCUAUUUGAUUAUUAUUUUUACAUUUUUAGGAAAGUUUAAAUACAUUGAAAUGUUCACAUCUGAACUGUGCAACUUUCCUAAAUAACAUAGCAGACUUUUUAUACUUAAAAAAUGCCUCCAAAAAUGAGAUAAGUUUACCUGCUGAACUUGAAAAUAAGAAACUUAACCACUGUUAAGCGAUCUGUGAUCAAGGCAGAUCUUGAAGUAAGGAAGCCAGACACAGCUGCUGCCCAGCCAUGAGAGAUGUAAGGUCUCCUAUUCAGUGAGCCAAUGUACUUUGAAUGCCUAUAUGAAAUUUUCAAAUAAAGGUUUUUAAAAACGUUUUA